UACAGACGUCACGUGUGUAUUGGCGCUCAAUAUAAUAUACCUAUACAGGUUAUUGGAGACAUACAAAUCUCAGGUGUUCAGCACCCUAUCGAAGGUCGAGACAAUACACAGACAUGGCGGCGGUUGUAGGUGUCCGGAGUCCAGUUAAAAUACAGAACUUUUUCGACUUCCAUGCCACAACUUUGGAAGGAGAGAAAAUUAAUUUUUCCAAGUACAAGGGGAAGGUGAUCCUGGUGAUGAAUGUUGCGUCUCUCUGAGACACGACCGUACGGGAUUAUACCCAGAUGAACGAGCUGGUCGAGAAAUUCGGAGAUAAGCUUGUCGUUCUGGGUUUCCCGUGCAAUCAGUUCGGACACCAGGAGAACACCAAGAAUCACGAGAUCCUGAAUGCUCUAAAGUACGUCCGACCUGGAAACGGUUUCGUUCCCAAAUUCCCAGUAUUUGAGAAACUGGAGGUGAACGGAAAGAACGCGUCAGAGAUAUUUGUGUUCCUACGCAACCACCUUCCAUUGCCGAGUGAUGAUGCCUUCUCCUUCAUGAAUUCGUGUAAAAGUAUCAUCUGGGAACCAGUGAGUAGGACAGACCUUGCCUGGAACUUCGAGAAGUUCCUUAUCACACCAGACGGCAAACCUCAUAAACGAUUCAGUCGUUACUUUCAGACCUGUAACCUUCAGAGUGAAAUAAAAACACUUAUUGAGAAGUUCAAAAUCGUAGAUUAACGUAAAGAUGCUAAAAAAUAGUUCCGAAGAACGUCGUCCAUAUGUUGAGAUAGGGAGCCGACUUCAUACCAAAACAUCAUGAAUAAUUUAUAAAUCAUCCCUGAAUUAAAUGUUUUCCUAGUUAGUACUGUGUAUACACGUUUGUUAUGGCGCCUAUGUCCCGGGGUGGGUUGACUGGGUGUGGCGAGGACUACUGUAUUAAUGAUCAGCGUACCAGAAAGCCAUUGUGCCGGUCCGCUGUGAUACCCUACAGGCCCUCACUGUAAGCAGUCAACACUACCUUCGGGAGGCAAUAAAAACAUAAAACAUGAAA